AUGUUUGGCUCCCGCAGGCACGCGCCUCCGGUCCAGCCUCUGACUAGGGAGACGGCCAACCCCAAUGCUGCCACGGCGGCUGCAUCGGCCUUUGGGCGUCGCGGCUCCAACGCGUCGCUCUCGUCGGCGGCCGCCGCUGCGGCUCUCAGGGCGCGCCCGGUGACACCGACAAACGUGGCCGAGGUCCAGACCAAGCGCACUCAUCGGAGGAGCCCCUCGUUGUCGUCGCAAGCCAGCCGCGACAGAGACCUGCAGAGAACACCCAGCGUCAGCUCCAUGGCUGAGCGAACCUUUCGCUCGCCAUCGCCCGGUCCAAGUCCCGCGCCCAGAGACGCCAACGUUCCCCCUGUUCCGAGCCUCCCCAUCGACGUCCAUCACCUGGCUGCUGACCACAAGACGAACGGGGGCCAGCGCAAGCCCGCUGCGCUACAGACGCAGCCCUUCCGCACCGCCAGUGAGAAGAUGAAGCAUGGCCAGCACGGCUCCUGGUUCGGCGGCGCGACCGCGGGCGAUCCCGCUAACGUCAGGAGGUCCGACUCUGUUUCGCAGUCAGCCGCUGCCGUACAAGAACCGCGACCCGGAAGUGUCAGCCCCUCCAUCAACUUCUCCUAUCCUCGCGCCAGGGUGCCGUCCCCUGCUGCAUCCAUCGACGAUCAGACUCCCGUUUACGAUGCCAAUUCAAGAAGGAUGGUUCCUCGAAGCGAGCUUUUGGCGCGUUCGCAAAGCAUGCAUGAGCCUACUGAGAAGCCGAAGAAGAAGAAGGCGCCUUCGCUCGAACAUCCCCAACCUCUGCCUGUUGGGCAGAAGCCGUCCGUCGCUUCAGAGCCGCAGGCCACCAUCGCGUCCGAGCAGUCGCGCGAACCCACCACGCAGAAGAAGAAGAAGAAGAAGAAGAAGCAACCUGGAAGCCCAAAGCCUGUAGUUAUCGGCGAACAAGCGACGAGCCGAGACACGGGGAGUUCGGCCGACAACACGCAGCCUUCGCUCUCCAAAAAGCCAUCCGUUGUGAACGAAGAGCCAGAGCUUGAAGCGCGGGCACCACCAGAGACCCAGCAGCCCGCACCACAGCCGCUGACCACCACCGUCCCGACUGACCAAGGGCCCCAGGGUAUCGCCGCCGCCGGACAAGCGCGGGGCCCGGAGGCGAUACGGCCAGGCAGCGGCGCUCGCUUUGCUCGCGAACCAUCUGAAAGCCCAGCGCGGUCGGCGCGUUUUGCCCCGGCCCCAGAUCAGCUUCUCGUCAGACAUGAGCCUCCUCCCAGGUCCGUGUCGCCCAAAAAGUCUGCCAUGAAACUUUCGAGCCAAAGAGACGCGUCGCCCUCCGACGACGACUCCGAAACGUCAGAGCGCCGUCAGAGCCCCCAUGGUCAAGACGAUGCCGCCAUGGCUAGGAAAAAGAGCGCCAGAGUCAGCUGGGACGACAAGAACACCGUGGUUGUUGGUGAAUCUGUUCAGCCUCAUGACACGGAAUCGCCCUUUGUUCCAAGCCCGCAGGCCAAGAAGCCGUGGCACAGCAUCGUCACAAAGUAUGCCAAGAAGGAGUCGGUCAAUUUGAGCGAGGACGAGACCAUGAGCCCUCGACCUGCGCUGCCUCUCUUUGGCAGCGUGCGCGAGAAGAAACCCAGGGACUACGAAGAGCGGCCUCUGGUGCGGCCAUCCGAACGCACAUGGUCCCCGUCGGCAGCUGGGCCAUCGGAGACCAGUCUGGGAACAGAGCUUGGCCAGUCGUCGGAUGCCGCGGUCGGAGCGGCGCUCGCCCAGGACCAGGCCUCUAGAAACGCAGCUAACAUCUCCAAGUAUAGAGAGCCUCUUCCAGCCUCCAUGCCACCUGGAGAGAGCAGCGCAAAGGAAAGCACUUUCGUAGAGAGCUCUUCUGAUGAUGACCUGGACACAGACACUCGUACCGACGAGGAGCCCGGCGCGAUUCUUGAUGUUGGCGAACCCGUUCCGACCAUCUCGAUUUCUCUACCCAGCCCGGGUCUAGAGAAGCCCAAGAGAAGCGAUUAUCGAAGUGGGCAGCCCGAAGUCCCGGGUCGAUUCCCCGAGGAUGAUGAUUCUUCCGAUGGUAACCGAAGCCCGGAUAUCGACACGCCUGCCGAGGCCACCUCCCAGGAUACGGUGACCUCAACCCCAUCACGAUCUGUGGAGACUCCGAGCGUGGUCAGCAAUGCUGCGAUGGAGGAUAUAGAAGAGGAAGAGGAAGAGUCGGAUCGAUAUAGCAUCUACAGUGACGCUUACGAGGAUCUAGAUGAGGUGGACGGCGAUGGAUUCCUCUCCCUUGACGCCGUUGUUGAGAGCUCUGCCGACGGGAAGACGCCCACGGAAAGUCGAGAGCAAGUGGCGACAGGUCUCCUGGGUGAUGCCCAGAAGCCCAACGAUUGGGAAAACGCCAAAGCGUACUGGAAGAGCUUAUCCGCAGACCAACGCCGACUACUCGAGGUCGAGGCCCUGUCCGAUGAUAGCGACGACGAAGAAGACGACAUGCCACGGCGUGUAAAAGAAGACGGCAAGCGACAGACUGCAACGGGCCAUUCACAGGAGACGUCGCAGCCUCCUCGGGGGCUCAAUGAAAGAAACUAUCAAAUCAUGCCUGGAACAAAAUGGACAAACGAUGCUUCCAGCGAUAGGCGAACCUCUGCGCCCGCGGGACAGUCUGGUACCGCUAGCAAAGCAGUGCCAAAGAUUCGACAUUCCAUGCGCAGCGAACAGCCUGGAUCGGCUCGAACGGUCAAUGAGCAGCCAGGUGGCAUGAGGAAGUCGAUGCGAGGGAGUGCUCCAGCGCCCGCGGCCGCAUUGGCCGGAGAUGUGAAGGGGCCUCAACGCCCUGAGAUGGACACGAACGCCGCGACUGAUAGGCCAGCCUCCUACCACCCGCCCGAGACGAUAAAGUCUCACAAGGCUCGUAAGCGCAACCUCUCUGUAGAGGACCUCGGCUCACGAGGAAACAUGAAGCCGAGCUUGGGACGACGAGGGUCAGAUGACAGCGUAAGCAGCUUCACACGCUCGCGAGCUUCUCCUGGCGCGGCACUCGGCUUCCGAAGGUCCAUGAGAUCAAGCCUUCAAGAGCCUUCACCUCCUGGGGCCACCAAGGCCAGUGGACGGUUCAGCUUGCGGUCCAUGUCACCACCGGCGUUCCGUCGUAACUCCAUCUCGUCGCUGCCAGGCACUCCGACGACGAUGAGCGGAGGCGGGGGCCGGAUGCGCCACUCCUUGCGAAGCGAGGCUACGUCGACGAGCCCCAAAACGCGAUUGUCCCCAUUCAAGCGGUCCCCCGGUGGGAAGAAGGGCGGCAAAGGAAAGGGCGGCAGCCGGUUCGCCGACUCGAGUGACGAGGACGAAGGCGGUCCGUCCUUUUUCAGCAGCCGCUUCGUCGAUUCAAGCGACGACGAGGAUAUCCCUAGGCCACAGCCGAGGGGCAAGGGCUUGGCGAAAUCGAUGCGCGGCGCCAACAGGUCGGCCAGCCGCUUGGCCUCGUCAGCUGUGCUGGAUCGCAACGGUGACGCUGCCCAGCCCAAACGGGCCACCCUGGGCGUCGAGCAGGCAUCGAGUCUGCAUCGCAGUGGCUCUGGCCGGGGCACGCUGACGCCGCUCCCCGCGGCUCCUCAGGGAGAGGCGGCGGCGCGGCCAAGACCCCGCCGCGGAAGCAUAAUGUCGAUCCUUCGCCGCAAGAAGGACCCGCCCAAGAUUUCACGCGAUGUCGGCGAGAGCGCCGCGCGCCGAGACACCAGGCUUGAACGCUCGCCCGACACGCUCUCCGUGGUUCGCUCCAACAGCCACCACAAGCGAGGGCCUAGUUGGCCCUUGCCCGAUGGGGAGGGAGGUGAAGGCGCCGCCGACGACGAGCAACGGCAGGGCCUCGCGGCGGAUAAGACGCGGCCCUCGACGGCCGGCGGGCCCGUGGGCAACUCCAGGACCAAGGCCAUGGCCUUUCACCGGCGCAACACGUCGCUGGGAACGUCGGCUCUCGGCGCCCUCGGCGCCGACCUCGGCGGCGAUGACGGCGGCGCCGACAGCGAGCAAACCGGCGCCGACGUGCCGCUGCAACAACAGAAGAAGAAGAAGUUUGGCGCGCUGCGCAAGAUGUUUGGCAUCCACAACUAG